GAAGCCGCCAGGCUGUUCUGUAUACACUACCUAGAAGUCCUCUAUACUACUACUAGUCCAGCAGCGUGCACCACCACGCCAUUCGCCGUCCAAGUAACCAGCAGAGGAGCUGCCACGAUGCCUGCGCCACUAGCCAAAGGACCCGGCUCCAGCGCUCGUCCAGCUUCUCCUGUAUAUCACGCUCGUCACGCGCCACAGAGGCCUAACCACCCGUUCUCCACAGGCCUUAUCAUCGCCGCCUCGGUCCUUGUCGCGGCCGGAAUCGCCAUCUACGAGUCUCCCCAGGUCCGACAAUGGGUCGACCAGAGCCGCCGAAAGAUCGCUAUAGCGCUGCACUCGCUCGGCGAUGAGAUGCAGCCCCGUCGCCCGUCCGAAUCGUCUGACGACUUCAACGAACGCAAGCGCCGACAGAGGGAAGAAAUCAUCAGGAGGAACCGCAACGAACUGAUCAGGCGCGCACGGGAGGAGGGUAUCGCGGUAGACCUGGACGAGCUUGCACGCAUCGGAGAGGAAACGGUCGAGUUGACGGAGCGUCGACAGCGCAGGAGGACAAACGCGAGCCAGAAAAGCUUCGAUGACCUUGUCGGCAGCGACGGCAUGCUUAAAAAGGACACCUCAACCACUCAAAUCGCUACCGGCAACGAUGCCUCGGGCAGUACACUGCGACACCGUGGGGCGGCUGGUUUCGCGGCUGGCUCUGUCGCUGCCGCCGCUGUGGCGAACCCCUUUUCCGACGACCAUGUCCUCUUCGACCGCGACGAGGAAGAAGCCCACUCGCCAAAACCCUUCAUCUACACCGAACCCGAUACCCGCGAAAGCUCCGCCACCGUGGAAGCUGAGCCCGUUGCCUCGCCUAUCACAGCACAGCUCAUCGAUCUCACCCCCGAGUCCGUCUACCAAAACCCUGAGGACCCUCAGACCGCGUCAAUCCCUGCCUCGGAAGCCGGUGACCAGGCCGCCCAAUCGUUCUACUCCUUCACCUCCGAAGCUCACGAAACUCACUCGGACGACGAAGCAGAAGUCAUUUCCACUGGCACCCUCACGCCGCGCUCGGACCGCUCCGGCUUCCUCACAGGAGCAUCCGUAGUCGGCAGCCAGGCCGACGACAUUGGAAUCUUGAGCAUGCAGAACGACUCUGACCACGAUGCACGCUCUGACACCUUCUCCGAGUCUGGCUUCACGGAGGCAGGGUUUUCGGAAGCCGGUUUCAGCGAGGUGGGAGAGAAUAGGGGCAUCAUGACGCCGUCAAGCUGGACAGAUGUGGGCAGCGACGAUGAGAGCGAAUGGGGCGGCCCUGCGCACGGCGGGCACGUGAGCCAGGUGCAGCAGUGAUUCUCUCAACGACAAACUAGGGGUUGGGGGUAAAUGGCGUUUUCGGAAUGGGAAGGAUACCUUUGGUUUGAAUUUGAAUCUGCCUGACCAACAUUUGGGAUGGCAUGGGUGGGUAGAGAAACAUGCGGGGCGCAUUGCGUCUUGCUUGUUGGGAACCUCCCUGUAUGUCUCCUGGCUAGCCUCACCGUACGGUCUGAUAGACAUAUCGGUCCUAUUGAUUGCGUAUCGGCUA